AUGCAGGUAAACUUUGAUUAAUUCCCUGGAAUUUACAGAUCAUUGCAAAAAACAUUUGUACAUGAAGGCGUAAGAGGAUUUUUCAAGGGAACUGUCUCAAAUAUUUAUGUUGGAGCAGGAAUAUAUUCCAUUUUAUUUGCAGCGAAGGAGCUAUCUGAUCGAAUACUUCAACCUAUAAACUGGCUCACUGAUAAUUAGAAGAUAUUAUUGUCUGGAAUGUUUGGCGGAUAAGCCCAGAUCAAUACAGAAGGAAUUUUGACCUACAGAGAGACAAUUUCAAAAUUAUAUGCAUAGAAUGGACUUAGAUCAUUUUAUAGAGGAUACUGGGCAACAGUUUGGAGAGAUGCGCCAGCAUACGGUGCUUUUUUCUUUAUCUACGACUAUCUUUAAAGAAAAUUUAUAAAGCAUUCUGACUCUAGCUCUGUAGUCUACUUCAAGAAGAUAAUGUUCGGUGGUUUAGCAGGAAUAAUAAAUUGGUGCCCCUCCUAUCCUGCAGAUCUAGUCAAAAGCAUCAUUUAAUGUGACGAAAGCCCCAAAAGUUUGACAAUUCGUGAGGUUAUUAGAGAAGGAUAUAAAAGACUAGGCAAUAAAUUCUUUUAUUAGGGCAUUUCAGCCACUUUAUUUAUGGCAGGACCUUUGCAUAUAUUGAUUUUAUUAUCAUACGAAGAACUUUCUAAGUUAAAUGAAUGA